AUGAUUUUUUCAAUAGCCGGAGCUAUCUUCCAUUAUUUAUUUUUAUUUUUUAUCUCCAAAUACUUCACCAAUACCAACAAUAACCCACCACAAUCACCUCAAUCAACACAAUCACCACAAUCAUCCCCACAAUCUCCACAAUCCCCACAAUCCCCACAAUCCCCACAAUCCCCACAAUCAACACAAUCAACACAAUCAACACAAUCAACACAAUCAACACAACCAACACAACCAAAACGUACUGCAUCAAUCCCUAGCUAUAGAAAUCUAUUUCAAGAUAUGGAUGCCUACGAAAAACAACAACAAGAACAAGAUGAACAACCAGAGCCACAAUCACAACAACCACAGCCACAAACAAAACGUUCUGCAUCAAUCCCAAAUUAUAAAAAGCUAUUUCAGGAUAUGGAUGCAUUUGAAAAACUACAGCAAGAACAAGAACAAGAACAAGAACAACAACAACAGCAACCAUGUUCUCAUUCAACUGCACAAUCAACCAGCUACCCAAAUUUAAAUAAAACCCACUCCCGUUAUACUGCUGGUAGUGUUUCAUCAACCAAUCAACCACAACAACCACAACAAAUCCACCAAAACUCACAAUCAAACAGCUAUCCUAGUUUUAAUAGAGCCCAAUCACGUUAUACUACAGAUAGUGUUCCAUCAACCAGUCAAAAACAAAACUAUCAACCACACUCAUAUCCAAACCCAAACCCAAACUCAAACCCAAACCCAAGCACAAACCCAAACCCAAACCCACAAUCACAACAUAACCCAUCAAGUGCACAUUCUGUAAGCAACCCAACAUUUAAUAGAGAACAAUCACGUUAUAAUGUUGCAGGUAAUUCUAGAUCCAACAAUUCACCACAACAAUGCCCACAACAACCAUUUAAACCAUCAAGGGCAGAAUCGAAUUACCCAGCAUUUAAUAGUGCACACUCAAGUUUCAAAACUACAGACGGACCAACACCAGUAAAUACACCAACAACCAACCAACAACAAAGAGCACACAAAUCAUCAGACUAUCCAUCAGUCAAUAGAGAACAAUCCCGUUACAAGUGUGCAAGUUCCCCAUCAAAUAUUCCAACUUUCAAUUCUGCAAAUAAUGAAAAAUUAAAUAGGGAAAAGGCAGAAAAAGAACGUAUUGAAAGAUUGGAAAAAGAAAAGUUGGAAAAGGAAAGAGUCCGUGAAGAAAAGGAACGUGUAGAAAAAGAGAAAUUAGAGAAAGAAAGAUUAGAAAAUGAAAGAUUAGAAAAUGAAAGAUUAGAAAAAAAAAAAAAAGAAAGGGAGCGUUUAGAAAAAGAAGAGGUCGACGAAUGCUGUAUUUGCUAUAUCAAAUUAAACUCAAGCAAUACCACCUCGAUAGAUUGCUCUCAUAAAUUUUGCUAUGGAUGCAUCAGUGAAUGGUCCAAAUUAGAAGAAACUUGCCCAUUGUGCAGAAAAAUUUAUUUUUAUUUUCAUAGAGAGGGUCGUAUUCCAAGAGAAGUCAAAUUAAAUUUAAUACUUCAAAAAUAUAGUUCAGAAAAUAAUUCUCAAAAUAAUUCCGAAGAUGAGUCCAAAGUUAAGUCCGAAGAUGAGUCUGAAAAUGAAUUAGAAGAUAAUUACGAUGAUCAUUCCAUUUAUGAAUCAGAUUUCGAAUCAGAUUUCGAAUCAGAUGAUCAUAUCAAUAAUGAAUCUGAUUCCGUUUCAGAUGAUCAUAUCAAUAAUGAUUUCUCUUCUGGUAAUAAUGAAGAAUUAGUUGACCCAAUGGAUCUCGAUUAA